AGUCCUCCUGUCCAUCCACUGCUGUGACGCAGAGAACCCGGAAGACGUGUGUUUGCUGUCAAUGCCAACGACAGAGAGGAGGCACAGCUGAAACCCCGCAUUUAAGACAAGAUGGCAGGACUGCCCCGUAGGAUCCUUAAGGAAACUCAACGUUUGAUUGCAGAGCCUGUCCCAGGCAUCGAGGCAGAGCCAGAUGAAGGCAACGCCCGCUACUUUCAUGUGCUCAUUUGUGGACCUCAGGACUCACCUUUUGAGGGGGGUACAUUUAAACUCGAGCUCUUUUUACCAGAGGAAUAUCCCAUGGCUGCUCCGAAAGUGCGCUUCAUGACCAAAAUAUAUCAUCCCAAUGUAGACAAGUUGGGGAGAAUAUGUCUAGACAUUUUGAAAGAUAAAUGGUCACCAGCUCUGCAGAUUCGCACAGUGCUGCUGUCAAUCCAGGCAUUACUAAGUGCACCCAACCCUGAUGAUCCCCUUGCAAAUGACGUUGCAGAGAAGUGGAAGUCCAACGAAGUUGAAGCCAUAGAAACAGCCAGGUCAUGGACCAGGCUUUAUGCUGGAAGCAGAAAUGAAGUGUAAAGCAGCUCAACAAGGGGAAAUCAAGUGUGAUUCCCUAUGCUCUGCCAAGACCUCUUCCUACUUCAGUUACAUUUAAAGGACAUCAUCUUAAAUAUAUAUAAAAAUAUAUAGAUAUUAUAAAAUAAACGUGAAAAUAUGGUAAAGGAAAAAACAACUGCUGACAAUUGGUGAUUUAAAUGCGCACUAGUAAUGAAAUGACUCGUCUUGUCCUUACUCACUGUUGAAAUGCAUGGACAGAGGUUUUAGAUCUACUCACCUGGCUUUCUUUGGCCAUUGACUUUGGGAAGCUUUUGUCAACCGCUGCUUUAACGAGCACAUUUAAGGGGGAGGGGGUGUGUGAGUUUGGGUGCCCUGGGGCCUGACUAGAUGCGGUCAAUAUUGUAUACUUUUUACAUUUCUUUUAACUUGGUUUCCUCGUGUUGCUGAUUUGUUUAUUAAAAGAAAAACCUGCAGCUAACUACUACUAGCCCACUGUAUUUAGACACUCACAUGGAGGGCGACCAACCAGAGUUUUGCCCAGCAGGACGCAUAGUAUAUCAUAGCCCUGCUUCUUCUUUAAGUCAUACCUGGCUGCCUUCAAUACAAAAUAAAAUGACUAAGAAAACAAACUGAGCCUGUCACAUUAACUUUUUCCACCCACUCGCUCACUGUAGGCUUCUGAAUGGCAUGGGAGAGAGUGGAGGCCAGGGUGGACGCUGUAGACCUUUCCUUAGUUUUUCCUUAGUUUUAGCACACGUUUUAAUAUAUCCAGUCUUUUAUAUGUGAAUCUUUCUUGCUAUUGCCAUACUAACUACCUUGCUUUUCCCCCCAUAUGUCAUCACAGUUUAAUGCUACUGUACAAGACUCAGUGGUUCACUUAUUCCAAUGGCAUUUAUUUCACAAUAUAGUGGUUACAUUGAUGUCAGUUGUUUGACGGGAGAGGUGGUAGAUAUGAGUGGGGUGGGGUAUGUAGGAUCUGUUUGAGAGGAGAUGCUGAGUUGAUGCAGGAUUAAACUCAAAAAGGUCACUAAAGGCUUUGAUUCAACUGUUGUGAUUGGUCCUUGAAAAGUCUGUAUUCAAGUCACUGUUUGUAAAUUCAUUAUUUCUAUUAAUCUGGGGAGGAGAUGUUUUCCUGCUCUCAGAAUGCUAUGAAACAGUCCCCCUGCAUACCUUUAUGUCCUGUAAAUAAAAUAUGUUGAUUAAUAAAUAA